CGAGCUCCGGGAAAGGGCGGGAAAGGCGGUUGAAGAGGGAGGGGCGAGCGGUUACUCACUCCAUGGCUGCGUGGAGAGGCGGCGACCGCGGCUGCCUGGGCUGAGGCGAGACGGUGGGAGCGGAGAGCGCAGGCGCGAAACCUCCCCAGGGUUGCAGACGUAGACGGACCUGUUGCAGCCAUGAGCGGCUUUAACUUUGGAGGCUCCGGAGCCCCUACUGGCGGCUUCACGUUUGGCACUGCGAAGACCUCAACCACUACGCCCUCCACUGGCUUUUCUUUCUCUGCUACCGGCACUGGAGGGUUUAACUUCGGGGCUUCCUCCCAGCCAGCCGCAUCCACCCCUUCCAGCAGCCUCUUCUCACUCAGCACCCAGGCCCCGACCACACAGACCUCAGGCUUCAGCUUUGGAAACACAACACCUGCUUCCGGAGGAGCGGGCUUUUCCCUGGGGAUGAGCACCCCAAAGCUCAACCUGAGCACCCCAGCCGCCGCUCCAGCCCCAGUAAAUACCAGCAGUUUCGGACUCGGUAGCAGCACCCUCCCCAGUGCUGGCCUGGGCACCGCCACCUCCAGCCAGGGCACAGCCCCCACGGGCUUUGUGUUUGGCUCUUCCACCGCCGCUCCGUCCACUGCCUCCACAGGAUUCUCUUUCACCAGUGGCAGUACAGCCCAGCCUGGGGCCUCUAGCUUCAGCCUCGGCUCCCUGGGCAGCUCGGCUCAGCCCUCGGCACUCUCUGGCUUGCCCUUCACUCCAGCCACACCAGCAGCCACCACAGCAGGAGCCACACAGUCCGCUGCUGCCCUGCCCACCAGCAGCAGCAGCAGCAGCAGCAGCAGCGUGGGGCCCACACUCUUUUCCUCCAUAGCAGCCACUCCCUCCUCUUCUGCUGCCACAGGGCUCUCCCUCUCAACUCCAGCAACCACUACGGCAGCCCCCGCGGCGGGGACACUGAGCUUCAGCCUCAAGGCCCCUGGAGCAGCUCCCGGGGCCUCCACCACCAGUUCCACAACCACCACCACCACCUCUGGCUUUGCCUUGAGUCUGAAGCCCCUGGUGCCAGCCGGCAUCCCCAGCAGCGUGGCAUCCACCGGGACCACUCUGCCUGUCCCCAGCACAACAGCUGGGACCACCACAGGCCCCUCAAUGACCUAUGCGCAGCUGGAGAGCCUGAUCAACAAGUGGAGCCUGGAGCUGGAGGACCAGGAGCGCCACUUCCUGCAGCAGGCCACGCAGGUCAAUGCCUGGGACCGCACGCUGAUAGAGAACGGGGAAAAGAUCACCAGCCUGCAUCGUGAGGUGGAGAAAGUGAAGCUGGACCAGAAGCGGCUGGACCAGGAGCUAGACUUCAUCCUGUCGCAGCAGAAGGAGCUGGAGGACCUGCUGAGCCCGUUGGAGGAGUCUGUGAAGGAGCAGAGUGGGACCAUCUACCUGCAGCACGCCGACGAGGAGCGUGAGAAGACUUACAAGCUGGCGGAGAACAUCGACGCACAGCUCAAGCGCAUGGCACAGGACCUCAAGGACAUCAUCGAGCACCUGAACACAGCAGGUGGCCCUGCGGACACCAGCGACCCACUGCAGCAGAUCUGCAAGAUUCUCAAUGCACACAUGGACUCCCUGCAGUGGGUGGACCAGAGCUCCGCCCUGCUGCAGAGGAAGGUGGAGGAGGCCAGCCGUGUGUGCGAGGGCCGUCGCAAGGAGCAGGAGCGCAGCCUGCGCAUUGCCUUCGACUGAGCUGCCUCCGGCUGCCCGGCUUGCCUGCCAGUUGCUUGCCUUUGGGGGGGCGGGGUUUACCCUUCAGAUAGUGUUCUGCCAGGCCUGGAAUCUUGGCCUGUAAUCAACAGCUGGAGACCAGCGGGAUCACUACACUCUAGACCAGCCUCUCCAAAACAAGAUUUCAAAGAAAACACAAGUCCUGUGGAGUGAAGGCAGGAGCCUCUUGGCUCGUUUUCUGUUAGUCCCAUCCCACGUCCCCUUCCUCAGCCACCUGACCAACCCCCUACUCAGCCUUACUCCAGCACUGAGGUCAGGCUGUGAGUAGUCGCCCUCAGAGCACUGGCCUGAUAUGGAGGACCAGGUCUUGCACUCACAACAGUCAGCCCUGGAUGUGGAGACAGAGCUCCAAAUGAGAUGGCAACCAAGGGACCUGCCAGGGCGAAGGGCGGAAGACCCAGUGGGUUUGAGCCCAGGCUUCCUGCGCUCCAGCCCCACCCCACCCUGUCCAGGCCUUCCAGAGCCCCUCAACCACACAGCAGAGUACCCAAGGAACACCAAACUGUCCUCCCACCCCUAGAUUGUCCCUGCGUGCCUGUGGCAGGGACGAGCAUCUCCCUUGCCCCAGCAGGAUGCCUGCCCCCCGCAAAAUACCUGCUAAAGUGACCUGGGGGGGGGGGUGCUACAGACUUGCUUCUGAGCAAUCUAGUACCAGAACAAGUGUCACAGACAUAAAACCAUGCUCCAACUGUCUUUUCAGCCUCCAGGGCCCUCAUCAGAUGUUGCUUUCUUAAAUAAAGUCUGUAUUGUGAGACCAUG